CACUUCUGCAUCUCGUGGAGACUUACCAGGACGCAUCAAGACGGCCGGCGACGAUGGAGUUUGUGAAGGAAGGAUGCCACUGCAGCCGUCCUGUGUUUGACCCCAAGUACCUCAGAACCCACCGCGCAGGCAGCGUCAAGUUGAUUAGGUGCUUUCCCCAUUGCUGCCCGACCCACUCGUUUGCCAACUUUUGCACAUCGUCGAUCGCGUUGAAUGUGGCCGUCCCGGACGGACUUGACCCUCGAACGGUUGCCUUCUUGAAGUUCCAAUCCACCACCGAUCCCGUGCACGAAUGCGGCGAUCGCAUCCAGGGCAUCACGGACAUCCGAACUUCCGACAACGUCAAGGGUGAAUGGAUUCCCAGCGAGACUGCUCCAACCGUUAGCACGACACCCAACGGCACAAGAGUCGCGACAUUUCGCUUCAAUCACGUUCACAAUGUUGGGUGGCACUACGGGUGGAUGGGAACGUCGACCAAGGCGCAUCGGACAUCUCCUCAUCACUUAGUGGCAUAUGUGGUCCGACCCUUCGACCCCACGUCAGCCAAGUCGUGGGUUGUUGAAGGAGUGCUUACAUCACCAUCGUUCAUCGUGAUGAGCUACCGGCGGGCGUGCUACACGUGCCAGAAGCAUCGAAAUACGGACGACAAGACUGCCGUGUGCGAGUGCGAAGGCGAGUUCAACGUGAGUGCUGCUGCCCAGGCCAACCUACCGCACCAGACGCGUCCACUCCAUCCAACCUCGCAUGGGGAUGCCAUGUCUUGGACGAUGGAGAAUGAUCUGCGAGCUGUCUUUCGCUUCAUCCUGGACUCGCCCAUCCUCGUUUUCAGCCGGCAUUUCCAAGCGAUUGAAAAGUGUUUCAUUCAGCUGGUCCUUGGCCACCACCCACAGCCGAGGCCGUCGAUCUUGGCCGGGUUGCUCGAGUCGUCCCAUCCACACCAUCCUCCAUCAACAGGAACGUGGCAAGACGUCGAAUUCGAUCGGUUGGUAGGAAGCGUCGUGGAAUGCAUUGUGAACGGCAUGACAAUGGCAUUAUCGAGCGACCAUCGCAGCCAUUUUGCGCAUUAUGCUACCUUCCUCUUCGACAAGCCUGCCUUGAUCGACUCGUACAACCACUGGAUGCAGUCGUGGGCAACGCGCCUGAAUCACCGCCUCGCCUCGUCGUUUCAGACUUCCGUGGCGGAGAUUGCCCGCGCCGUCGCGCAACGACUCACGCCAUCGCGGCCCAACAUGGACGGCGAUGAGGAACAAGACUCGUUCACGCAGUCGAUUGGGGUCGAGUACUUUGUCGCACAGCUCCGAGAAGUCUACUUGGGAAAAGCGAACGAGCUGCUCCAGAGCUCCAGUCGCAAUUCGAACACAGGGCUCGAUGGUCUUUGGAGCUUCGCCCGCAUGACACAGCUCACGGUGGCCCGACAAGGCGCGGCGGACCUGUCGCUGGUUACCGUUCUGCGAUGGAUGAGUAUGCUCUACGUGAUGGAUAUCGGCGCCACGACGACUGAAACGGGGCCCCUGGCUUUGCAUGUUCGGUCGCCAGUCCCGCUCUACGACACAAUUUGGUCGACUUUCACACUGGACGGCUCGCCGCGAAUCUUUCGGGCGUUUCCAAAUGGAGAGAGCACGAUGACCAAUAUGUCUGGUUACAUCCAUGGAGACUACGUCGCGUAUGCAUUGCCCUCGACCCAAGACACCACCGUGGAGGUUCAAAUCUUCAGCUGGCCGCUGGAUACGGCUCUGGCGUACGUGACCCGAUGUCGAGUGACCGUCGUGCAAGGAUCGCAGCAGCUGUCCCUCGACAUUCAAGUGUGUCGAUUCCCUGUGGAAGCGUCUCUGGACUGGUCCACCAUGACUUGCAUUGAGCGGUGCAGCCAUCACCGCCGAGACCUGGAAGCCGUGGUCGUUCACAUGGGCCUUCUCUACCUUCCGUUGCAGCGGCCAUUGCCGUGACAACGAAUAUAGAAAUCUAGACAUAAAAUGUGAGAAAAUAGACGAGAAAAUUUGACUGAUG